AUGUCACUGAAACAAUCCGUUCUGUCUCUGCUUUAUUUUCGGAUUCCGAGGAUGAGCCGGCCGAUCCUAACAUCAUUUAUGAGGAGCUGGACGACGAAGCCUCCUCCUCAGAGAAAGAUGUCUCCGACGCCGGCAAGAACUACUAUUUUAAUUGUGAUUUUUUUGGCGGGUUCGGUCAGGAGGGACAAAAGAGAGAUGCUUUCUAUCAGUCAAAAGCAGAUACCGCCCCCCCAUGCUCCCACGGUCCGCUUACCGAGGAAUAGAAAGGGAGGACCCGGGGCCAGAGCAAGUUGGGUUGGGGUAUAG